AUGGUCCUCCUCAGCGCUCUGCUCGCUUUAUCCUCCGCCCUGACUGUCCUCUCUGUCCCGGGAGACCACCUUGGAGUCAUCGUGAACAACCGAUGCAACGGCGAUACCAGGGAAGCACUCAUCGAUAGCGACUGCUACCCAUAUGAAGACACCACCGGCGUCAACGCCACCAUCGCUAUUAAAUGCAACUUCUACGCAACGCAUAACUGCACCGAGGUCGAGAUUUUUGACGGCUGCACGAUCCUGGAGGACUUGACUACAAAGGGUGACAGGUUUUUCAAGUGUGUCUCUGCACAGGAUUAG